GAGGCCUGACGGGAGACGUAGAUCGACGACUUCUGCAUGCAGAAGAUAGAGGGAGCCGCGUUUCCCGCGCUUUUGCCUCCAAGGCCGAGAAGGGGCGGGCCUGGCCAGGCAAUGAGGCGCUCGCAGGUCUGUCGGCUGCUGCGGGGCUGCUUCGAGGAGGUGCUGCCCUUGGAGGCCUUCGUGAAGCGCCUCCAGGAGAAGGAGGCGAAGGCAGGGGGCCUGCCGGCCGAGCCGCUGAUCCAGGACGGAGACCCCAAGUGCUUCAGGGUCCUGGUGGAGCGCUGCCUGGUGGGUAGGCCUCGCGGCGGGAAGGCGCCCCCGCCUCGCUUGGUCUUCCAGCAGAUUUUUAGUCAGCACGACAUCAUUGCCAGAGUCAUUCGAAGAAUCUGUGAAAAGAAAAAAAAGAAUGUCUUGGCCUUUGGCUAUGAUCUAUUGGAUGAAAAUCAUUUCCCGUUGCCCCACAUGCCAAAUCUCUACAGCUACUUUCCCAAUAAUACCACAGAAACCAUUUGUCAGAGUAUUCUCUGGGAGAAGAUUCUGAACAGAGUUGGGGAUGAUUUCUUGAUGUAUAUAUUGGAGCACUGCUCUCUCUUUAUGUUAGUGCCACCUAGUUGUUGUUACCAAAUCUGUGGGCAGCCUGUUUAUGAAAUUGCAUUUAAGGAUUCAACUUCCUUUCCUAAAUUCCUCAGGCAGAGGUAUCCUGGGCCAAAACACAGCACCUUGUCUGGUUACCUGCGAAGAAGGAGGUUUUCAUCUUAUAAGCAACACACAGCAAGAGGAAACAGGAAGAAAUGGCAUCCUAGAAGAAAAUUAGGAAGCAAAGCAAACAACAUUUUGGAGGGCAGUUAUCAGCAAUCUUUACUGAUUCAAACUGUCAAGCAGAAUUUUACAGUGAGUGCCAGCGAAUGCCCAGAAAGCAAGCAAAGGACCAGUGAGUGUAAAUCUUUAACAACACGAUCUCUGAAAAGAAAAUGGAAAGGUCAUUAUGAAAUGAGCGCGAAAAGAAUGAAAAUCAUGAAAAUAGAGGACGGGCUACAGAAAGAAACGGGAAACCUAGUUCACACCCAAAGCAAACAUCAGUUGAGCCUAGAUGGUGAUAAUGCCGCAUCUAAAAGCUCCACAAGCUUCUGCUUGGCGGAUCAGCUUACUCCUGUGACUUCUGUGCUGCACAGUAAUGAAUGUGGAGAACAGAUCUCUGGCGUGCACGUGGCACAUCUUGAUCAUCGAAAGUCUUUUUUGAGUAGUAAGACAAUGACACUAGUUAGUGGGAGUAAAGCUCACUGUGAGCCUAGCACCAAAAUAGACUCUGUUGAUAGAUCAACAAAGCAAGAAGGUGGCAUUAGAUCUACUCAGAUGGUAUCAGCAAAAGGUGCCACUGCCAGAAGAGACUUCAGAGUCCACAACUCUACAUCAAGUGAAAAGUCUUCUGAUAAUACUUCUUUUAAGAGAUACUCUCUCUUGUAUUGUCAUCGGCAAUUACAUGAGUGUUUGCCUAAUUCUUUUGUGCUAAAUAAAUUGAAGGGUUCUCCAUCAGGGGGACAAAGUCUAGUAGAGAUUGUAUUUUUCACCAGUCAGAUCCCAAAGCAACUCGACAGCUCCAACCAGAGCCAUUCCAAGCGAAAGAAGAGGCUUCCUAAACGCUAUUGGCAGAUGAGAGGCCUGUUCCAAGAAUUACUACAGAAGCAUGCCAAGUGCCCUUAUCUAGGGAUUUUAAAAAGGAAUUGUCCUAUCUGGAUUUCUGAUUCAAUCAGGUAUGGCACAGAAGAACAAGCUUGCGAAGAAAAGGUGAACCAAGAGAGAAGGCAUUCAUCCCAGGAGAGCCAGGAGGCCAAUACUAUAGAGUAUUGCCCCAGUUCUGUAACAGUUGGUUUAGGCCACUUCCCACGAACAUCAGGAGCUUCAAGCAGAAGCUGUGGGGAGACUGAGUUGGGCCAAAAAGUACCUGAGGAGCAACCUAUCCUGGAUUCUUCCACUUCCAACUUCAGGGGGUUGCUUAAACAACAUAGUAGUCACUGGCAAGUGUACACCUUUGUCCGGGAAUGUCUACAGAGAGUGGUUCCUGCUGAGCUCUGGGGUUCUAGCUAUAACAAAUGCCGCUUCUACAAAAAUGUGAAAAAGUUCAUCUCCCUGGGGAAGCUUGCCACAUUUUCUAUGCAGGAGCUAAUGUGGAAAAUGAGGGUGAACGAUUGCACUUGGCUGCGUCUGUCCAAAGGGCCUGGUCAUUUUGUUCCUGCCUCUGAACAUCAUUUUCGUCAAGACCUAAUGUCCAAAUUCUUCUACUGGCUGAUGGACUCCUAUGUUACAGAGCUCCUCCGCUCUUUUUUUUAUAUCACUGAGACCAUGUUUCAAAAGAAUUUACUUUUCUUCUUCAGAAAAACUGUUUGGAGCAAGUUAGAGACUAUAGGACUCAGGAACCACUUGGCCAAAGUGCAUCUCCAUGCCUUGUCAGAGGAGAAGAUCAAAAAUUUGCAGCAGGAAAAGUAUGUUCCUCUGGCCUCAAAACUCCGGUUCAUUCCCAAAACAAAUGGGCUGCGGCCUGUGGUCCGGCUGGAUAGCGUGGUUGGAGCCAAAACUUUCUGCGAGAAGAUCAGAGAAAGAAAGGUUCAGUUGUUCAAAACACAACUGAAGAACUUGUUUAGUGUUCUUAAUUAUGAACGAAUAAAGAAUCCCGCCUUGCUUGGAUCAUCUGUUUUUGGGAAAGAUGAUAUUUUUGCAGCGUGGAAGCAAUUUGUCUUGAAGAUCCUGGAGCUGAAUGAAGAAAUGCCUAAAUUCUACUUUGUGAAGGCUGAUGUCAUGGGGGCUUAUGAUAGCAUCCCUCAUGACAAACUGGAAGAGGUAGUUCUGCAGGCCCUUUCUCCAAACAAAAAGACCAUCACAUACAGCAUACGGCGCUAUGCAGUCAUCAUAAGGACAAGAAAUGGACUUCUAAGAAAAUAUUACAGGAGACACGCAUCUACUUAUAAGGAGUUUAAGCCUGAGAUGAACCAUUUUGUGAGUCAUCUUCAAGAGAGCACUUCACUGAGAAAUGCAGUGGUAGUUGAACAAAGUAUUUCUCUGAAGGAAACCAGUUCUCACCUCUCAGAAUUUUUCUCUCGUUUGAUUCGUAACAGCAUCCUGAAGAUUAAGGACAGCUACUAUGUCCAGAACUGUGGAAUCCCCCAGGGCUCAAUUUUGUCAACUUUGCUUUGCAACAUGUGCUAUGGAGACAUGGAAAACAAGCUGCUGCGGGGCAUACAGAAGGAUGGAAUAUUGAUGCGUUUAACAGAUGACUUCUUGCUUGUUACGCCACAUUUAACCCAAGCGAAAACUUUUUUGAGAACCCUAGCCAUGGGCAUCCCAGAGUACGGCUUUGUUAUAAACGCAUCCAAGACGGUGGUGAAUUUUUCUGUUGAUGAAGAUAUACCUGGACUCUCAGGGUUCAAACAAUUGCCGUCUCACUGUAUGUUUCCUUGGUGUGGAUUGUUAAUUGAUACACAAACGCUUGAAGUGUAUUGUGAUUAUUCCAGCUAUUCCUGCACAUCUAUCCGAUCCAGCCUCUCUUUCAACUCUAGUGUCAAAGCUGGUGUGAGCAUGAGAAAUAAACUACUUGAUGUCUUGAAGCUGAAGUGCCACAGUUUGUUUGUAGAUUUGCAGAUUAAUAGUCUUAGAACAGUCUGUAUUAAUGUUUACAAGAUCCUUCUGCUGCAGGCCUACAGGUUUCAUGCAUGUGUUCUUCAACUUCCCUUUGACCAAAAAAUUAAAAGCAACCCUAGUUUCUUCUUGGGAAUAAUAUCUCAGACUGCUUCAUGCUGCUUCUGUAUUUUGAAAACCAAACAUUCAGACAUUCCUUUUUCUGCCGCAGGUAUUUCAUCUCCACUUACUUACAAAGCAGUCCAGUGGCUUUGCUAUCAUGCCUUCAGUGUUAAACUGGCCAUUCACAGAGUUAUCUACAAGUGCCUUCUUGUGCCCCUCGCACAGAGUAAAAAAAGGUUACUUCAGCAAAUGCCGGAAGCUACUGUACAGUUGCUAAAGGAAGUGACAGAACCAUCCAUAUACAACGACUUCAAAACUAUCCUUGAUUAAUUGUCUGCAUCCACUUUCUUCUCGAGAUUCAUGCUUCCUUUUCUUCUCCAAACACAAGAUCUCUUCAGACUUCUAAGAGUACAACAGGCUCUUUUUAACAGCUUUGCCUGGUCCACUGAAAUAUGAAGUCUAAAUACACUUCUGUUUGCUUAAAUUCGAUCUUCACUAUGCAGAGGGAACAUGGGCAUUUCCAUUGUUAAGGUAAAAUAUUUUCUCAGAUUUCCUCUCCAUGAGAAAUGUCUAAAUCAGUAUCCCAGGGAAAGAAAAUGUGCAAUAAUUUGGUGUCUGCUGAACACUGCUGUUCCUCAUAAAGGAAUGGAGUGUGUGUUUGCUUCCAUACGCCAAUGAUAAACAGGAAAUUAUCUUUGAAAAUGUAAGGAUAGAAGCCAAUACUAAAUGUUCCAGUUUUUGUCCUUAGGUAAAAUUGUAUAUAAUUUGGUAAAUAUCCAGGCUGGAUUUACAUUGCCAUAUAAUGCAGUUUGGAACUGCAUUAUAUGGUCAAUGUAGACCCAAUCACACGAUAUGGGUCUACUCCAACCAUAUAAUGCAGUUCCACGUUGUAUUACAUGGCAGUGUAGAUCCAGCCUCAGUUAGUAAGUUCCAGCUAGAAUCCCAUUGAAGCAGUUGUUGAGUAGUGAGUUGACAACUUGACACAUUGGUAAAUCUGAUUCAGUGGGUCUGCUUCAGUUGGGACUAGCAAUAUGACUUGGGCUCUUUCUUGUGUUUUUAUUUUAAACAAGAACAAACAUUUUGGUAUAAUCCAGCACUGGCCAAAUAUCUGCCUGUUGUGGUAUCUUGCCUUAAAAAAAGAAUAAUGGCUGCAGCUUUCACAUCAUGCUCUGUGUAUGCUGUUUACAAAAAAGGACAAGUAUCUUUAUGCUAGAAGGGGAGGGGUUAUUUUUAUAAUGUUGGUGUGGGAACCAUGUAAUUUCCCUCAAACCUUGCUAAAAUGCAGAAGUGUUGUAAGAUAUUUCAUUAUUUGCACUGGGAGUCCCAUUCUUAGCUUGCUUAUUCCAUAACUGCAAGGAGGUGAUUCACAAGGGAUGUCAUUAUCUUAUGCAGCCUGGGGCUUGCUUUGCUCAGUCUUAACCCUCCAACAUUUUAUGUGAGAGUAUUAGAUGAGACUGAGAUUAGAAUAUGCACUCAAGCAUAAAGAUUUGAGAUACUACUGUGCUUUUAUUGGAAACAUUAAACCUGCACAGGAGAAAUUGCUGUCCUCUUCACUAUUGCUUUAUUGACAUAAUGAUGAGGUAAUUUGCCAGGGUUACUGUACCUUUCUUAGUAUGUUUCUACUUUUAGGCUUAAACAGUAUAUAUGAAAAGUAAAUGAUAUGGCUGUGAUGAGAGUGUUCAGUAUAAAUAAAACUUGAUUCAUUUCCAUGCCAA